UUCGUCUACCCUUGAUUUCCUCCCCGAUUAAACCUAGAAUCUCCUUAGUACGUUGUACAUAUACGACCUACAAGCUCCUUUAAAACAAAAGAAAAUCUUUUCUUGCAUUAAAUAAAAAAUUUUAGAACUGAAGAUAAACUUCUUUGAAAGAAAAACAUUUCUCUGGCGAUUUUCCACUUGCAAGUUGCACUGAUUCGUCUACCCAGAAGCGUCACCCUUUGAGCUGUAAAUAAGAUGUUCGCACACAGGAAAAAUAAACCAUUAUCCUUACUUUACAGUCGCGUUCCCAAGAGCCCCGUCAUCUCAACUUCUCUCUCUCCUAAAAUGCCACCCACCACCACGACAACGACCGCAACCACCACCAAAUCCCUAACACUCCGCCCUUCGCGGUUCAAAGAUGUUCUCUUAGCAAUCUCCCUCCUCUUAAUCCUUCACCUUCUCUUUCGCGCUCCACCGCCACCAGCUUCAGAUUCACGCGCCGCCUUUACAGGUUCAACCCAUGGUCAGAUCAGCCGCCGCCAUCUUCUCUUCUCCAUUGCCUCCUCCGCUUCCUCUUUCCCUCGCCGCGCGUCCUACCUUCGCCUCUGGUACAACCGCAGCUCUACUCGGGCAUUUGCAUUCCUUGACGUGAACUCAUCCAUCUCCAAUGAUCCCACUCUUCCUCCAGUGAUCCUGUCCAAAGACACUUCUCGCUUCCCCUACAGCUACAAGGGUGGCUUGAGGUCGGCGAUUCGGGUUGCUCGUUUGGUGAAAGAGGCGGUUGACCUCGAUCAACCGGAUGUGCGGUGGUUUGUGUUUGGAGACGAUGACACGGUUUUUCUCGUGGAAAAUCUGGUAAAAACUCUGUCCAAGUAUGACCAUGAUCAGUGGUAUUAUAUAGGGAGCAAUUCAGAGAGUUAUGUGCAGAAUGUGAGGUACUCAUUCGAUAUGGCUUUUGGUGGCGGAGGUUUUGCAAUAAGUUAUUCACUGGGUAGGGUUUUGGCUAGGGUUAUGGAUUCGUGUUUGGUACGUUAUGCCCAUUUGUACGGCAGUGAUGCUAGGAUUUUCUCUUGCUUGGCAGAGUUGGGUGUUGGGUUGACUCAUGAACCUGGAUUCCAUCAGGUGGAUAUGCGGGGGAAUUUGUUUGGCAUGCUUUCUGCCCAUCCAUUGUCACCUUUGGUAUCCCUUCAUCAUUUAGAUGCUGUAGACCCGCUCUUCCCUAGUAUGAGCAAGGCUCUAGCUGCAGAACACCUUUUUGAAGCUGCUAAUGUUGAUCCUACCAGGAUUUUACAGCAAACAGUUUGCUAUGACUCUACGAGUAGAUUGACUGUUUCAGUUGCAUGGGGCUAUUCUAUUCAGGUGUUUGAAGGAAAUGAACUUCUUCCAGAUCUUCUUUCUCUUCAGAGGACCUUUAGACCAUGGAGGAGAGCAGCAAAUUCUGACAAUAGUCUUUACAUGUUUAAUAUGAGAGAAUAUCCUAGGGAUCAGUGUAAAAGACCUCUUGUCUUCUUUAUGGAAAGUGUUACAUCUGGUGAUGCUGGUGUUUGGAGCACUUACACCAGACACGGUUCUGGGGAUUGCUCUAGAGCUGAAGCCAUUAAGAAUCUGAAACGUGUCAAAGUGUUUUCCCACAUGCUAGAACCUGAUAUUGAACAGAUGAAGGUUCUCCGUCGACAAUGUUGUGACAUUUAUCCCUCAUUUAAUGAAUCAAUGGUUAUUAGCAUUAGACAAUGUGGAGUUGAUGAACUGAUUUCAAUGGAUUUCUAGCCUUUCCUGGGGAAUGACUAGUAUGCAGAAAUGCAGUUACACAUUAAGAAGCUUUUAAAGCUUCAGCAGAAUUUGGUUCCUUGGCUGUUACAUGACACUCCAGUAACAAUACUGCACUUCAUUCAAUCCACUUUAAUCCGAUGGUCAACACCCAUCUUGCUUCCUCCAUUUCUUUGAACAGUAGAACCUAGAUAUAUAAAAUAUAUCUUUGAGGCACUACACUCUGUCUGGGCAACUUCAGAUUGACUCGUACCCCUCUUGUUACUAAAUUUGCAAUGCAUAUUCCUCUCUCUCUCUCUCUCUCUCUCUCUUUUUUAAAUUUUUCCCAAAGUGCUCUGAACUCUGAAGUUCUAACUUUUGUUGACCGCAGCUUGUGCUCUCUGUCAAUUAAAAUGAUGGCAUCUGCAAACAUCAUGCGCCAAGGAGAGAGGCAUGAUUGAGAUGUGAAGAGCAUCCUUAUCCUCAAGCAAUUUUUCUUUUGUCUGCAACAAAUGCUAAUUGAUUGCUUGCCAGCUAUGAUGCACGGAAACUUCUAGCAAUGGAUGUUUUUGCGUGCCCGUUUCCUUGUACCAUUUUUUCUGUGUAAAAUUAUAUUUUAAUGUCGUUUCCGUGUCUGUGAAAUAUAGCUUGCCAGCUAUAGUUUCCAAUGGGCAUUACUCUGAGAAGUUUGAUAAAAGGGGCGAUGCAAGUAUACUAUCACUUGACAAGAAUGGGCACCUGACAAAUCGCUGACCUUGAGUGUUUAACAAUUUGAUGUCGGUUUCAUAUUGGAUUGCAUUCAUUUUGUGAAAUACGACUUGGAGCUGCAUUUAGUGAGUUUAUGUAUAUAAUGAAAUUUAUAAUUUUGGGCGAUGAUAGUAGUCUCAGAUGGUAUGCCUAUACAAAGUUUGUGAAAAGAUCUUGAAAUUGACAAACAUCAGAAGGGACAGAAAAUCGGUUUCUUCAUGCCUUGCUGAUAUACUGGAUUUCUUAUUUUUCUUGCAUUGUUUGGAAUAGCUUCCAAUCCAUCUUUAGGCACUUUACUUUGAA